AUGUCCGUACGAAAUGUAUUAACGAGAUUUCUUGCGGCAGUAUACAUAUUUGCCGGAGGAAUUAAAGUUUAUCCACCAACACCAGGCUUCAAAUUAGAUAUGGACAAAACAUUCAGUAACUUUGCAUCAGCUUGUCCCACUGUAUUAUUUGGAUAUAAACCAGAAGGCAGCCUGUACCGAUUUACCACAGGAUGUGUUGAGCUGACAUUAGGACUAGUGUUAUUGUUUGGACCGAGAAUAAUGAAACAAAUCAGUUGUAUUGGAUUAAUGAUCAUCAUGGCUGGAGCAGUACAAACUAUGAUUCAUUUUCAUGACUAUAAACAAAUGAUUGUUCCUGCAUUUUUCUUUUUAGCACUUGGUUAUCAAUUUAAAAUACUAUCUUCGACGCCGUCGUCGAAAACAAAAAAGGCUUAA